CCAAGGCUCACCUAGGCACAACGAUCUAGGUCUCAGAAGCCUCAGCAGGAGUUCUGGACCAACUGUCGCAGAGGAACCAUGAAGUUUCUGGCAGCUAUCUGUCUGCUCGCCGCGAGCGCGAGCGCACAGGUUGGAUAUUCAGGGAUCGUUAGUCCUGAUGGAAACAACAUCCAGUUCACGCACGACUUUGCUCACAGCAUUGUGCUCACUGGACCUUCUGGCAUCGUGACAAGUGAUGGUACGAACCUCCAGCUGACCGCAGGCCAGGCUGCCCUCCACGCUGCCUCCCCAGCAGCACCCCAGCCCGUGCCCCAGCUUGUCAUUUCCCGCAGCGUCGUCGGUCCCUCCGGAAUCGUAAGUCCUGCCGGAAAUGUUCAGUUCACCCAAGAGAUGGUUGACGACAACGUGCUGGUGGGUCCCUCUGGCAUUGUGACUAAGAGCGGCCAAAACAUCCAGUUCAACGACCAAGGGCUUCCCCGCACCAAGCGCUCUGCCGGCUACGUCCUUCCCAAGGGCAUCAUUGGUUACUCUGGCAUCGUCAGGGCUGACGGCACCAUCGAACAGUUCAGCCACGACUUUGCCCACGAUAUCUUGCUCAUGGGACCUUCUGGCAUCGUGACCAAAAGUGGAAAGAACAUUCAGCUGACUGCUGAUCUCCACAGAGUCAAGCGUUCCUUGGUUGGUCCCUCUGGCAUGAUUCUUGCUGACGGCACUCCAGUGCAGUUCAAGGUGCCCUUCGCCACCGUCUUGUUGGAUGGCCCCUCUGGAAUGGUCUUCAGCGACGGCACUCUCGUGCAGAAGCGUGUGAAGCGUGGCCUCGUGGGUCCCUCUGGCAUGAUUCUUUCUGAUGGCACCCCAGUCCAGUUCCCUGCCCAUGCCCACCCCGUCGUCACUGGCCCAUCUGGCAUCGUCUUCUCCAACGGACAGAACGUUCAACUGCACUAAAAAGAUCACCGCACGUGCACCAGGACUCCACCUUGCAUGCUCCUUCUGCCGACUCUCCUGCAUUUCUGAGAAACACUAAUUAUUCAUCACGAUGUACAGAUAAAAAGAUUCCAUUAUAAGAAUGAAGCUGA